GCAUAACGACAAUACCCCAAUGCAAUAGCAAGGCGAUUCACCAGAGGAGCUUUACACAGGAAUGGCCUUUGCCACUGCAGCGUCCCAAAACAUUGAGGUUAGGUUUCGGUUCUACACGGUAGCCAUUGUGUUUUAUCCAUAGUCAGUUUCGAGGUUGUUCAGGCGGCACUGUGCUACGCAACAGGUUAGAAUUUCAGUUUCGGUUUUGGUUUUAUACGAAUCAGUGUCACGAGUAUGCAGACAGCACUGCGGCCUACCGUAUAAAUACCACUACGACGCCAUUUUGUGGCACGGUGCUGUAUCGGUAGACAAGGUCAAGUUGUUUCGUUCGUCGUGAUAAGGGAGCGUGGGUCUCCAAGGCAACGACCAUCCUCAUCAAGAUGCGAGGAUUCAUGAUGCUACCACUCCUGCUGUUAUCACUGAGUUUUCUUGGCAAUAUUCGCUGGGUAUGGACCCAGGAACCGUUGGUGCGUCUUGCAGGAAGCAAUCAGACUUACGAGGGCAGAGUAGAAAUGUACCACCAAGGCCAGUGGGGCACAGUCUGCGAUGACAAGUGGACUCCGGCCAACGCCGAUGUGGUCUGCCGACAGCUUGGCUUCCGGGCGGGCUAUCGGAUCUGGAUCAGGGCUCACUUCGGGCAAGGGUCGGGUCCGAUAAUGGACAGUGUCGGGUGUAUCGGCAACGAGUCCAGCAUUGAAAAUUGCACCCUCUCUGGAUUUGGUAGGGAAUGUUCGCACUCGGAGGAUUCUGGGGUAACGUGCGUCAUCAGGGAUUCUCCCCCACCUUCAGUGCGUCUAGUGGGCGGUAACCAUCCAUAUGAAGGUAGAGUUGAAGUUUCCUUUCAAGGAGAACAAGGAACAAUCUGUGAUAAUUGGUGGAGCCUGGACGAUGCUCAUGUCGUCUGUCGGAUGCUGGGUUACCCGUCGGCCUUCAGCUACUGGUGGGACGCGCACUUUGGAGAAGGUUCUGGACAAGUUGCCCUGGCUGACGUCGACUGCAAUGGCACCGAGGCCAACAUAGAGCAAUGCUCCCAUUGGGGCUGGUACAACAAUAUCUGUCUGCACAGCCGCGAUGCUGGUGUGACUUGCAAUGAUGGAGUUCUCCCACCCGCUUCAGUUCGUCUUGCGGGUGGUAACACGCCUUACGAGGGUCGAGUCGAGGUUUACUCCCAGGGCCAGUGGGGUAGCGUCUGUGAUGACCACUGGAAUCUAGAAGCAGCCAAUGUAGUCUGUCGACAAGUUGGCUAUCCCUCGGCCUUCAGGUAUUGGAUCGGUGGAUAUUUUGGUCAGGGAUCGGGCGAGAUCCUAAUGGGCAAUGUAAGCUGCCUGGGUGACGAGUCCCGGAUUCAGGAAUGUACCCACAGUGGCGUGUUUGGUACCUUAUGUUACCCUCCCCAUAGCCAAGGCGCUGGUGUGACUUGCAGUGAUGGACACCUCCCACCACCUACGGUACGUCUUGUUGGCGGUAGCAACAAAUUUGAGGGUACCGUCGAGAUCUACCACGAGGGCCAAUGGGGUACAAUUUGUGACGACUACUGGAGCCUCCUGGAUGCCUUGCGCGUCUGCCGGAAGCUCGGUUUUUACAUGGCAACACAGGCUUACGGUGGGGCCCGUUUCGGUCCAGGCACGGGGCCGAUCUUCCUGGACGAUGUCAGAUGCAUUGGGAACGAGUCUAGGAUAGAGGAUUGUCCCCACAGGGGAUGGGGGAAUCAUGACUGUACGCAUCGUCAGGAUGCUGGAGUGACAUGUACAUACGGUCGGAGUCCGCUAGUACCAAUACGUCUGAUUAAUCCAUGGCGGGAGAACUCCAACGAAGGUCGAGUUGAGCUGUACUACCUAGGCCAGUGGGGUACAGUCUGCGAUGACAGUUGGGAUUUAGACGACGCCACCGUUGCCUGCCGCAUGCUGGGCUACCGUUCUGCAUCCCACGCCUGGACCAACGCUCACUUUGGUCAAGGAUCAGGGCGAAUCGUUUUAGCUGACGUCAUAUGCAACGGUGAGGAAUACAACAUUAGGAAUUGUUAUAGUAGAGGAUGGGGAAUCAGCCACUCAUGUCAACACUUCGAGGAUGCUGGUGUGACUUGUAUUGAUGGACCUGAUCCUACUGUUACACCUGUUCCGGCGACCAGCGUCCCUACAACGACAGGUGUCAAUGUGACAACUGUCGCGCCCGGUUCGGUGCGUCUAGCUAACGGCAUUGCCCCACAGGAGGGGCGGGUCGAGGUGUAUUACGGAGGCGUCUGGGGAACGGUGUGCGAUGACGGUUGGGACAUAGAAGACGCCAACGUCGUCUGCCAACAACUUGGCUACGGCCCGGCAAACGAGGCGUGGAAGGACGCCCGCUUCGGGCAAGGAUCAGGACCGAUUCUCCUAGAUGAUGUUCGAUGUGAUGGGCAAGAGUCAAGCCUGGGUGCGUGUCUACACAGGUGCUGGCUCGCAAAUAACUGCGACCACAGUGAAGAUGCUGGCGUGACUUGUGGCGGGGGACCCACAUCUCAGCCUAGUCCCACAACCAUCCCUCUAGCAGUUCAAGUUCGUCUUGUCAACGGAGAAACAGCGCGAGAGGGUAGGGUGGAGGUAAAUUACAGAGGCCAAUGGGGUACAAUCUGUGGGAGCUGGUGGAGCAUUGAGAAUGCUAAUGUUGUCUGCAGACAGCUUGGCUACCUCUCCGCAGUCAAAGCUUGGACCAGUGCUCACUUUGGUCUCGGCCCAGGGCCCAUUCUGCUGGACGAGGUACAGUGUGACGGGUCUGAAUCCAAUAUCAACGAGUGUGCGCAUGCUGAGUGGUCGCGUCAUAAGUGUCAACACAGGGAGGAUGCUGGUGUGACUUGUGGAGAAGUUGUGUCGACAAUUCCUCCCGUUGCAACCACACCUUCAGUUGCAACCACUUCUGUUGCAACCACUUCUGCAGCUACAAGCACUCGUCAGGUCACAACCACUCCUGCAACCAACACAACCAUUCCAACAGUGUCAGUUCGUCUUGCUGGUGGUAACUCCUCUUACGAAGGUCGAGUAGAGGUUUACCAUCAAGGCGAGUGGGGUACAGUCUGCGAUGAUGGUUGGGACCUUGACGAUGCAAAUGUCGUCUGUCGCAUGCUUGGUUACCCUUCUGCAUCCAAUGCUUGGAGCCAUGCUCACUUUGGCCAAGGAUCAGGACUGAUCCUCCUUGACGAUGUGAACUGCCAAGGAACCGAAUCUAACAUUGCUCAAUGUCCACACAGUAGUUGGUUUAGUCAUAACUGUUGGCAUGGCGAAGAUGCUGGAGUAACUUGUGGUAACAUGACAACUCCUUUACCAGUUCGUCUUGUUGGUGGCAGUUCCUCCUAUGAGGGUCGAGUAGAGGUCUACUAUCAAGGCGAGUGGGGCACAGUGUGCGAUGAUUAUUGGGACCUACAAGAUGCUGAGGUCGUCUGCCGCAUGCUUGGCUUGCCUCCUGCAUCCAAUGCUUGGAGCAGUGCUCACUUCGGUCAAGGAUCAGGCCGGAUCAUGCUUGACGAUGUUAGCUGCCAAGGAUACGAAUCUAGCAUCGCUGAUUGUCAACACAGCAGUUGGUUUAGUCAUAACUGUGGGCAUAGUGAAGACGCUGGAGUAACUUGUGGUGAAAGUAUCAUGACAACUCCAAACCCACUAGUUUCAGUUCGUCUUGUUGGUGGCAACUCCUCAUACGAGGGUCGAGUAGAGGUCUACUACCAAGGCGAGUGGGGCACAGUCUGCGAUGAUGGAUGGGACCUUGACGAUGCCAAUGUCAUCUGUCGCAUGCUUAGCUUGCCUUUGGCAUCCCAUGCUUGGAGCAGUGCUCACUUUGGUCAAGGAUCAGGCCGGAUCAUGCUUGACGAUGUUAGCUGCCAAGGAUACGAAUCUAGCAUCGCUAAUUGUCAACACAGUAGCUGGUUUAGUCAUAACUGUGGGCAUAGUGAAGAUGCUGGAGUAACUUGUGGUGAAACCAUGACAACUCCAAACCCAGUUUUAGUUCGCCUCGUUGGUGGCAGUUCCUCCUAUGAGGGUCGAGUAGAGGUCCACUAUCAAGGCGAGUGGGGCACAGUCUGCGAUGAUGGAUGGGACCUGGAUGACGCUAAUGUCGUCUGUCGCAUGCUUGGUUUCCCUCCUGCAUCCAAUGCUUGGAGCAGUGCUCACUUCGGCCAAGGAUCGGGACAGAUUAUCCUUGACGAUGUGAACUGCGGAGGCUAUGAAUCAAGCAUCGCGGACUGUCCACACAGAAGUUGGUUUAGUCAUAAUUGUGGGCAUCGUGAAGAUGCUGGAGUAACUUGUGGUGAAAGUAUCAUGACAACUCCAAGCCCACUAGUUCAAGUUCGCCUUGCUGGUAGCAGUUCCUCCUAUGAGGGUCGAGUAGAGGUCUACUACCAAGGCGAGUGGGGUACAGUCUGCGAUGAUGGAUGGGACCUUGCUGACGCCAAUGUCGUCUGUCGCAUGCUUGGUUACCCAUCUGCAUCCCAUGCUUGGAGCAGUGCUCACUUCGGUCAAGGAUCAGGCCGGAUCAUGCUUGACGAUGUUAGCUGUCAAGGAUACGAAUCUAGCAUCGCUAAUUGUCAACACAGUAGCUGGUUUAGUCAUAACUGUGGGCAUAGGGAAGAUGCUGGAGUAACUUGUGGUGAAACCAUGACAACUCCCAACCCAGUUUCAGUUCGCCUUGCUGGUGGCAGUUCAUCCUAUGAGGGUCGAAUAGAGAUCUACUACCAAGGUCAGUGGGGCACAGUCUGCGAUGAUGGAUGGGACCUUGCUGACGCCAAUGUCGUCUGUCGCAUGCUUGGUUACCCAUCUGCAUCCCAUGCUUGGAGCAGUGCUCACUUCGGCCAAGGAUCAGGACGGAUUAUCCUUGACGAUGUGAACUGCGGAGGCUAUGAAUCAAGCAUCGCCGACUGUCCACACAGAAGUUGGUUUAGUCAUAAUUGUGGGCAUAGUGAAGAUGCUGGAGUUACUUGUCGUGAAAGUAUCAUGACAACCUUAAGCCCAGUUCAAGUUCGCCUUGCUGGUGGCGGCGGCUCCUAUGAGGGUCGAGUAGAGAUCUACUACCAAGGCGAGUGGGGCACAGUCUGCGAUGAUGGAUGGUCCCUUGCUGACGCCAAUGUCGUCUGUCGCAUGCUUGGUUUCCCUUCUGCUUCCCAGGCUUGGAGCAAUGCUCACUUCGGUCAAGGAUCAGGUCGGAUCAUGCUUGACGAUAUUAGCUGCCAGGGAGAUGAAUCUAGCAUUGCUGAUUGUCAACACAGUAGUUGGUUUAGUAAUGACUGCGGGCAUAAAGAAGAUGCUGGAGUAACUUGUUUUGAACAAAUCCCAGUUCGUCUUGUUGGUGGCAGCUCCUCCUAUGAGGGUCGAGUUGAGGUCUUCUACCAAGGCGAGUGGGGCACAGUCUGCGAUGAUGGAUGGGACCUGGAUGACGCUAGUGUCGUCUGCCGCAUGCUUGGCUUGCCUUCAGCAUCCCAUGCUUGGAGCAAUGCUCACUUCGGCCAAGGAUCAGGACAGAUCAUGCUUGACAAUAUCGACUGCAAUGGCUAUGAGUCAAGCAUUGUAGACUGUUCCCACAACGGCUGGUUUAGUAAUAAUUGCGGGCAUAGUGAAGACGCCGGAGUGACUUGCAAAUCUUACACAAGUAACUCUACGCCAACAUCAGGUGUUUUAAACGAGAUUCGUCUGAGUGGGGACAGGUCAACAAAAGGCACUGUUCAGGUUUGGAGUGGCGGCCAGUACGUGGACGUCUGUAGCUCAAACUGGGACUUGUCCUCUGCCAAAGUUGUCUGCCGUCAGUUGGGGCAUUCAACUGAAAGCGUAUCAGCUGACUACACCACGCAUUAUUUGUCGUACGGAAGUUACAUUGUUUUGCAUUGCGAUGGUAGCGAAAGUGAACUGGCUGACUGUAGCACAUACGCAUCGUACCAAUAUGGACUGUGCAACACUGCAACAGUGGACUGCAAUGCAUAUUCAGGCCUCUCCGCUGGUGCAGUCGUAGGUAUAGCUAUCUCUUCUUUACUGUUAGUGAUCACAAUCGUCGCCAUCGUCAUUAUAGUUGCAGCCAGAAGCAGGCGCAAGAAGUCCUCAUCGACAUCCAGCAACAUGAACAUACCCUUGGCAUCGGCCGCUGAACCGCCGUCCUCUGACCCGAAUUCCAACGGUGCCAAUGUCCUAACCAACCCUCUGUACUGCGAGACCCCCCUUUCACAGCCCGUAUCUCGUCAUCCACCUCAAGGCUACUACCCAAUGCCCUUUAGUGGCCAGCCCCAAAUGGUCCAGUCUCGGGUACCUGGUGCCGGGUUUUCCCAGUACAACCCUGUAUCAAACACCGCAAACGCCCACCUGCCACCUCCUGCAUAUGCUUCAGUGGCUGUUAGCACGCCAUUCUACCCCGGCAAUGCUCCCCAGCCUCACCCACAACGACAGCCACAGGCCAAGCCCCUGCCCCAACCUCAGACCCAGCCUCAGCCCCAGCCCCUGCCCCAAUUUCAGCCCCUGCCCCAACCCCUGCCCCACACCAAGCCUCAGCCCCAGCCACAGCCACAGCCCCUGUCCCAACCUCAGCUCAAUACCCAGCCACAGCCCCUGCCCCAACCCCAACCCCAACCCCACCCAUAA